AUCCGAUAAGCCGAAAACAAACGUUAUCAAAACGACAAUAUAUAGAUAAAUACGGAGUACGAUAUAAGAACAAUUUAAGUCAUAUUCAAGUGUCCAACUUCAACAGAGUAAAGUAUGCUUGGAUAAAGUAGUCUGCAUGGUAAUACAACAUACAAAUGUCACGUUUUCCGCUUCUCGGACGCAUCGCCUUCUCGAUUUCGCUCUUCUCUCGUCAAUCUGACCGCUUCUUUAUUUUCUCAACAAAACGCCCACCUUCUUCUCUCUCAUUUCUGCUCGUCCUCAUUCCAACCUCUGCUCACAUUUCUUGAUCCCAUUUGGGUGUCCCGCCGAGUUUCAUCCAAUGUCUGUAAAUAUGGCUUCUUUACCCGUCCCUUCCGCUAAGACCUCCGCCGUUUUCGGUGCUGCUUCCUACCAGUCCCGCCCUCAGCUUCCGCAGCAUAUAAGCUCGGUUUGUUUUCUGCCAGGUUCCAGAUCGCUCCCUCGCCAUCAGGUUACAUUGGGUGUCUUGAAGGUUUCUGCGCAGCUCAAUGAGGAUGGUGGGGUUGAGAAAUCUGGCAAUUCAAAGGUUAUUGUUGAGGAAGAAGUUCCCCAGGCUGAAAAGAAAGUAUCGGAUGCUUCCUCCAUUUCAGUUCUCCUGUCUCAAGCAGUGAACCUUGUUAAGCUUGUGGAUUCGAAGGACAUCAUGGAAGUGAAAUUAAAGCAAAUGGAUUGUGAAAUCCUUAUAAGGAAGGAAGAAGCAGAAACAUUACCAGAGAUGAACAUCAGGGCUGCUCAUGUUUCAACGGGGCAGCCCUCUUUUACUCAGCCAAUUGCCCAGCCUCUGAUGACACCUGCUGUCCCUGCCCCUGACCCUGCCCCUUCACCUGCUGCAGCUCCUGCACUUCCACCACCUGCAGCGGCAAAACCAAAGUUUUCUGGUUCACAACAGAAAUCUCCCAUGUCUGGAACGUUUUACCGCGCUCCUUCCCCUGGUGCACUGCCUUAUGUUAAGGUGGGAGACAUGGUUAAGAAAGGGCAAAUACUUUGCAUUAUUGAGGCAAUGAAGCUGAUGAAUGAAAUUGAGGCUGAGAUAUCCGGGACAGUUGUUGAAAUACACAUUGAAGAUGGAAAGCCUGUCAGUGUUGAAACGCCUUUAUUUACCAUUGCACUCUGAAGAACAGAACGAAAGCGGCAUAGAUGGAAGGAAAUUUCAUAAUGAGCUCAAGUAGUUGAGCGCAAUCGCCCCUAGUCGAUUCUUUAUUAUUUUCAAUGCGAUUGUGCUGAUGUAAUUUAGAAUAAUGCAAACUAUUUUAUUGAAAUCAAAUAACUUUAUUAAUGAUAAUCACUCUUCAGCAAAUUAACAAUCAAUCAGGAGGCAUACAUAGGUAACAGAUGUCCCCUUUCCCUUGAGCACAUGUCUCCUCCACUAAUAUGCGUUCCUAACGUCUUGAGCCAGGACCUUCUGCCAUGCUAUAGAAUAUAGAUAGAAAAUUACUAUUCCAGUUCUAAAUACACUGUAUGACCCUCUCCUUGAAUGUAUCAGAAUAUUUCCUUCCCUUUUUUGCCCAAUUAAUUAAUGACGGCAAACCCAAAUAUUUACCUCCAUGUCUCUCCUUUGGGACCCCAAGAAUUCCGUUCAAAUGAACUCCAUCAGCCCAUACAACAUCAGUUGUUAUACCGUGGGUAAUUCAUGGUGAGCAAAAGUUAACAGUUGCUUUUUUUAGUAGCUAACUCUUAUUUAAAGAAAUAUAACUCAGGUUGAUGAAAAAUGUAACUAGAUGCAAAUUGAAAUGUACAAGUGUAGUAUAGAGUAUAAGAAAUAAAACAUUGAUUUCAAUUUAAACAAUUAAAAAAUGAGUUUAGUUGUUAAUUAUUGUACGUAAAUAAUGAAUAUAUCUGGACUAUAAAAAUGAUAUAUUUAAAAAAAAAAUAUACUGACACAUAGGGAUGGACUCGGGUCUGGGCCGGGUCUGGGUCGGGCCUAGAGGCCGGCGGUUCAAGAAUAGUGGACCCGGGACCGGCCCGGGUAGCCACCGGGUCCGGUCCGGUCCGGGAUGGGCCGGGCCGGGCCGGGCCUCCGGUUUGGAUUUUUUUUUUUUGCUUUCCUAACCCCCCCCCCUCACCCCCACCCCUCACCCCCACCCUCCCAAACCCCCCCAAACCCAUCCUACCCAUCAAGCCCAACCCGGGUGGAACCCCAAAAAUGAAAAAAAAAUAAAAAAAAAUCAAUUUGGCCCGGACCCGACUCGGCCGAGCCGGUUCACCAAAAUUGAGACCCGAGCCCGGACCCGCCCUACCCCCCCGGGCCUAGGCCCGACCCGGACCCGUACCUGAGAACCGGGCCGGUCUCGGUCCCGCACAGUAGCGGGCCGGGCCGGUCCACGGGCCGGGUGGCCCGACCCGAGUCCAACCAUACUGACACACCUAAAAAUAUGCAUGAUCAGUGGUUUUGAUGUAACUCACAUUAUAGCAAAUGUAACUCGCGCUGAUCGAAAGUGUAAUUCGCAUGUAUGUAAAAUGUACGUUUGCUGAGACAAGUUCAUAUAUAUGUCACUUGUAAAAUGUAACUCGCGCACAUGAAAAAAUAACUCGCACAUAACAAGAUACAACUUCAUGUAUUAUUAAAUGUAACUUCAUUAAUCGUGUAUAAAUGUAACGCAGACAUAUGAAAAUGUAAACUACACAUAUGCAAAUGUGAUCUCAAGUUUUGUCAAAUGUAAAUCAAAAUAAAUAUACUCAAUACCUUAAAACCCCUCUAAAAAUACAAGUAUGAAAAUGAUAAAUAUAUACUACAGAAAAAUGACUAUGAAAAAAUAUAUUACAAAAAAAUGUGUAUGAUUACAAAAAAGGAUUACAAAAAAAUGCGUAUGAAUAUGAAAUGCAUUAUAUUUAUUUUAUUUAUACAAAACGCCCCGCAUGCUUGGUAGGCGAGGUAAAAGGCUCCCAACCCAAAAAACCAUUGAAAACACCAAUUUUUAAGGCUUAAAUAGCUAGCGUACAGAACGUCAAGCACUAGCGAGAAUGACUCGUAUUUAUUAACUCACUCGGAGGAUUAUUUUUCCUCUUCAUCCGGUGUGGGAAAGGAGGUGUAGAAGAAAACGAAAUCUGAAAAGCAAACUAUCUGUGCUUCCUAAGUUCCUAGCUUUGAAAUUGAACUUGGCUGCAUAUUACAUAGAAUUAAGCCACGUAUAAACUAUAAACCACAACCUAACUCUACACCAUCAAUUGUGGACUGAACAUUCGAAUUUUGAUAUGAAAUUAGCACAUAACUACCUCGUAGUAAAUAUAUGAUACUAUUAUGUAAACAUCACUAUACAGUAUUACUACUAAUCGUAUCUUAUUACUAGUAAUUUUAUAAAAUGAAACCAAAUCAGACGUUAUGUUACGUGCAUACAUUGUGUAUGUUAUUAGCACAUCAUUUCUAAAUUCCCUACCUAAUACAAUUAAUUAAUUACUAAAUUUGCUUUUCAUUAAUUCCUUAUUUUGUCCUUAUUUUGGGCAGGAUUUUUCACUCCAUUUGUUGCCCCAACUUUGUUACUUUAUACGUAGUAUUAUAUAAAGUUAUAAAGAUUAUAAUCAUUGUUAUUAUGAGCAUCAAGACAAUCGUUCCUAUUGUUACUAAUAUUUUGUAUUGCUAUUUUUAUACUAAUUAGCUUAUAUUAAAUAAUUGGAAAAUAAGCAAGUUACAAUCAGACGAAAAUCAUGACUCGAUCAUCAAUCCUUGAAUCAGUUUUCAAUUUAAUCACCCAUAUAAAAGCAAUAUGAUUCACUAAUCCUAACACACACUUAUAAUCCAAACAUGAUCAAUUUAGAUUCUUUAUCACCCGCUUAAAGCUGAACCCUAAUAAUUAAGACAUAAAGCACCAAGCAAGUGCAAACUAAUGGGAAAUAGUAAUCAUAUGACCUAACAAAAGAUUUAAGACUCAAACCUAAAUCGCAAAACUCGCUCUUGACCAUUUUUACUUCUGCGAGAUUCAUAUUCAUCCCAAUUAAAUAAAUGAUUAUACAUGUAUCCUUACAUGGUGUACAUGAGGGCGAUGUUGAUGUUGUUGUUGUUGUUAUACCAUUCUUUCUUCUCUAUAUUUAGUUUUUGUGUGUGUAUAUCUAAAUUUUUACCUUUUAAAACUAUUCAAAAAUAUUUUGUUAGAAAAUAGAAACAUAUAUUGUUUAUGCAUGAAUAUUUCUUAUACAUAUAUUUACAUGCUUACUAAUACCAAUAUAGAAAUUUAAAAAUUUAAUAAAAAUUCAAAACGCCUUUUCACGCCUUAGCGACGCAUAAACUCGCCUAUGCUUCAAAGGCUCAAGGCUUGUACGUGCCGCCUCGGCACGCCUUACGCCUUUUAGAACAUUGAUAUUUAGGGAAAACCCCAUCUUUAUAUUAUAUUCUCUCUGUAUCACAAUAAGUGUCUCAUUUUCUUUUUUUGAUCAUAUCAAAAUAACUGUCUCACUUCCAUUUUAGGAAAUAGUGCAUCCCAAAAGUAACUACAAUACACUUUAAUAAAGUAAAAUUAGUGUUACGGUACCGAAAAUUUCCUACUUUUCAAAAAGUGUACAGAAGAACAAAAACAGGUGGAACAAUAGAGUUAUCAACCAAGUAGUGAGUGAAGUACAAACUAGAACUCCCAAAUUUGCAUAUAAAAUUUUGGUGAUUGUACCCGUGAAAAUAUUUAGCAAAUGUAGAAAGCGAUUUCUCAAAACUAAAACUUAUAAAGACACCUUUACGAUUAACCUUGUACAUCUAAAAAGGUUGAAUGGAUUAGUUAUAUUAUCGAUGAAUUGAGAAGGAAUUUACUGAAGAACUUGGUUAUGCCAAAUUGAUUAAUAUUUUAACAUGUAAUGUUGUUCGGGAAGUUGUACUUAAUUAGUUGUUUUAAUUAGUUAAGUAUUGUUAUGUUAUAAUGUAAGAAUUUUAUUUAAGUAUUGAGUUUUUGUGAUAUUAACAUUUUAUUUUCAAAUAUGUUAUACUACAAACAAAUACUAUCUCUGUCCCACUAACAUUGAGACAUGAGAGGGUGACACGAUUAUUAAGAAAAAUGAGUUUAUGUGGUUGAUAUUGAAUUGAUAAAGUAAGAAUAAAAUAAAAAUGAUUUAGAACCACACAACUUUACAAAAUUUGGUAUGUGACAAUCUUAAUGGGAUUUCCUGAAAAUAAAAAAUGGGAUAAUCUUAACGGGACAGAGAGAGUAUUACAUAUAUGGUCCUUUUAUGGAGCUUGACUCGGAGCCAAAUUUAUGUAGGAUCCGCACGGAAAGAAACCCCUAAAGAUUCUAAGUUAUGAAUAGUAAAUUAUGAGCAUGAUGUACGCACUCUUUUAUCCCAUUUAGUCAGAACUCUCUAUGUCCCAUUUUUGUUUAUCAAAUCUUAAGUUUUAGACUCCGGCGGCCGUGGUCUAAGCCAGUCCUAGCGGUAUUCCAGCGGCGAGGGAUUGCUCGCUACAUCCGGUAAGGAGGCGGCUCUAUAAGCAUCAUCAGUUGGAAUUGUAGAAGGCUAGGAAAUGCGGCAACAAUUCAAGGCUUGACGAACAUCAUUCAGUGCCACCGCCGGUCAGUUAUAUUUUUAAUGGAGACCAAGCUUCAUUGUCAGUGGGCUAAGGAGCUGCUACGUGCGCAGGGCUUCACGUAGAGUGCAGGGACAGACGGUGAGGGGCUGAACGGCUGUGUAGUGGUUGGCUGGAAUGACGAGUUGGAGCUCAACGUAGGUCAAUGCCAUUCGAACUUCAUUGAUGCGAUGAUCCGGCUGGCAGUGAACGACCCUCCUUGGAGGAUAACGUUCUACUAUGGCUUCCUGGAGACUAGAAGAAGAAGAAGUCUAGCAGAGAACAAUUCGCUUACGUGGAUGAUCACGAUGAUAUCCUUUAUGCUUCGGAGAAGAAAAGGCGAAUUCCUCAUCCAGGCUGGAGGCUAAGAGGAUUCGGAAAGACAGUGGCUUCAUGUGGGCUGCGAGACUUCCCCUUUAGCGAAUACUAGUGGGCGUGGGAAAGGGGGAAAGGCAUAAAUUAUUGGGUUGAAGAGAAGCUUGAUAGAAUAUUAGUUAAUGAUGACUGGUGGAAUAGAUACAUGGUAGCACAGGCUACAUCGGUGGAAGCCCUGGUUAGUGAUCAUAUGACAUUAUGGGUGAAGGUCAUAUCGUCGGUGAGUACUCGUAAGGAAAAAAAAUCAAAUUUUUAAAUAAUUGGCUGAAAGAAGAUGAGUGCCGGACUAUGGUGACUAAUAGCUGGAGCGCAAGCCGGUUCGUGAAAGAAUCCUGUUCUGUGGCAAGGAACUCCUCUGUUGGGAUGGGUGUCGAAAGAAAGGUUUCUGACAACAGAUUCAAGCAUGCAAGAGGAGGUUGGCAUGGCUACGGGGUCGUGAUGAUUGGAGGAACACGGCUGAAUUUUUGAGGGUGCAGUCAGUCCUACACUCAUUGAUGGAGAAGGAAAAUCAAUUUUGGAAACAACGGGCGAAGGAAUUCUGACUCAAAGAGGGGGAUACUAAUUCUCGAUUUUUUCACAAUGCGGUAAAGAGUAGGAGGCCGAGAAAUAAAUUGGCUGGAUUAAAAAUGGUGGAUGGAUCAUGGUGCACGGAGAAAGAGCAGCUAGGCAACAUGGUGAAAAAAUAUUUUGAGAACCUGUUUUGUCAAGGAGAGACCACAAGGGUGGCGGAUUGCUUUGGGGAAUUUGUACAAGUUUCGUCCGAACACAAUAGGAUGCUAUUACGGCAAAUAAGCCAGGAGGAGGUGAAGACAACAGUAUUUUAUAUGCAUCCUGAGAAGGCUCCAGGACGGUAUGAAUCCAGCGCUUUUUCAGAAUUUUUGGGAUAUUGUUGGUUCGGAAAUUACUAGACUAUGCUCAAAUAUUUUUGUUACGGGUUCCAUCCCAAAAGAGCUUAAUGUGACUAAUCUGGUUUUAAUCCUUAAAAACGAGAAGCCUAAAGUUAUGGGGGAUUGGAGACCUAUAGCUUUGUGUAAUGUGGUGUAUAAAAUAUUUUUGUUAGGGAAUUUAAUUGGGGAAAAUCAAAGUGCUUUUGUUCUGGGACAAUCGAUCGUGGAUAAUGUGAUUGUUGCAUUUGAAACCCAGCAUUUCCUGAAAAGAAAAUGCCAUGGUAAAGAGGGACAUGUGGCUCUAAAACUAUACAUGAGUAAGGCUUAUGAUAGAGUAGGCUAGGACUUUCUGUGCGUGAUUAUGUUGCGCAUGGGUUUUGAUGAGAGGUGGGUGAACAUGAUUAUGGAAUGUGUCUCAACCCUCAGUUAUUACAUACAAUUUGAGAGGGAGUUUUUGGGACCGUUUAUGCCAGGGCGAGGAAUAAGACAAGGAUAUCUUUUGUCCCCCUAUCUUUUUUAUUAUUGUGGCUAAAGGGCUGAGUGCGCUUUUGAAAAAGGCAUAAGCUAGGGGAGAAAUUCAUGGGGUGGCGGUAUGUAGGGGGCACCACAUGUCACCCAUCUUUUAUUUGCGGAUGAUAGCUUUUUAUUUUUCAGGGCUUCAAAUGAAGAGGCGAUGGCAGUGAAAAAUAUACUAUCUAUUUAUGAAGAGAACUCGGGCCAGAUUGUGAAUUUUACUAAGUUUGCGCUAUCUUUAAGCCAGAAUGUGGGGGGGGGGGGGGGCAAUUUAAAGAUGCCCGCUGUAAUUUAUUUGGGAUUCCGAAAGAUGUGGGCUAUAGUCGGUACCUCGGUCUUCCGGCGCUGGUGGGUCGAAACAAGUCAGCAAUUCUUGGCUAUUUAAAAGAGAAAAUUUUUAGCAGGAUUAAAAAUUGGAAUAAUAGAUUUUUAUUCAAAGCAGGUAAGGCGGUUUUGCUAAAAACGUUGUUCAAGCUAAGCCCAAUUAUGCCAUGAAUGUUUUUCUUCUCCCCAAUAAUUUAUGUGAUGAAAUAGAAAAGCUAAUGAAUGGCUUUUGGUGGAAUGGAACAAAAUUUGAACAAAAAGGAUUGCGGUGGAGGAAGUGGGAGGUGCUGUGUAAGCCAAAAAUAUGGGGGGCUAGGGCUUCCGAAGAAUUAAGGAGUUUAAUUUGGCGAUGCUAGCUAAGUUGGGCUGGAAAUUAGUGACAGAGACAUCUAGCUUGGUGAGCCGUGUGUUAACGGCCAUGUACUUCCCAAAGUUUGAUUUCUUACAUGCUCAAUUGGGUAAUAAUCCUUCUUUCAUCUGGCGUAGUAUCUUUGAGACAGGCUAUUCUUAAAAAUAAUAUUCGGAGGAGGGUGGGAAAUGGAGUGGAGGUCGAGGUUUGGGCAGAUGUGUGGCUCCAGGGUGCAAAACCAACUGGAAUAAGAGAUAUGAAUCUUGCUGCUCUCAGGGAUAUCAUUGGUAAGCGAUGGAAUAAGGAGAGGAUUGCUAAUUUAUUUAAUGAGGAUGAUAGGAAAAUGAUUUUGGGAAUUCUUAUUAGCUUUCAAGAUAGAAGAUAUGGUUUUUUGUGGCAAUGGGAGAAGAGUGGGGUUUUCUCGAUUAAAAGUUGCUACCGGUUGCUCACAGGUAGGCAUGGACCCAACCGGCCUGGGAACCUGACCAGCCCGCUACUGUGCGGGGCCGAACCGGAGCCCAAUUAUGCCAUGAAUGUUUUUCUUCUCCCCAAUAAUUUAUGUGAUGAAAUAGAAAAGCUAAUGAAUGGCUUUUGGUGGAAUGGAACAAAAUUUGAACAAAAAGGAUUGCGGUGGAGGAAGUGGGAGGUGUUGUGUAAGCCAAAAAAUAUGGGGGGCUAGGGCUUCCGAAGAAUUAAGGAGUUUAAUUUGGCGAUGCUAGCUAAGUUGGGCUGGAAAUUAGUGACAGAGACAUCUAGCUUGGUGAGCCGUGUGUUAACGGCCAUGUACUUCCCAAAUUUUGAUUUCUUACAUGCUCAAUUGGGUAAUAAUCCUUCUUUCAUCUGGCGUAGUAUCUUUGAGACAGGCUAUUCUUAAAAAUAAUAUUCGGAGGAGGGUGGGAAAUGGAGUGGAGGUCGAGGUUUGGGCAGAUGUGUGGCUCCAGGGUGCAAAACCAACUGGAAUAAGAGAUAUGAAUCUUGCUGCUCUCAGGGAUAUCAUUGGUAAGCGAUGGAAUAAGGAGAGGAUUGCUAAUUUAUUUAAUGAGGAUGAUAGGAAAAUGAUUUUGGGAAUUCUUAUUAGCUUUCAAGAUAGAAGAUAUGGUUUUUUGUGGCAAGGGGAGAAGAGUGGGGUUUUCUCGAUUAAAAGUUGCUACCGGUUGCUCACAGGUAGGCAUGGACCCAACCGGCCUGGGAACCUGACCGGCCCGCUACUGUGCGGGGCCGAACCGGACCGGGCCCGGAUGACCGGUUCUGGGAUUUAGCCCGGUUUGGGCGGGUAUGGCGGGCUGGACUCGGGCUCGGGCCUUGAGUUUCAUGAACCGGCCUGGGCCCGGUUCAUUUUUUUUCAUUUUUUUUCUUUUCCUUAGGUAGGGCUGGGUGUUUUGGGGGGGGGGGGGGGGGGGUUGGGGGUGGCGGUGAGGGAGGAGGGUCGGGGGUUAAUUACAAAGCCAAAAAAAAUUACCUUGAACCGGGCCUGGACCGGCCCGGCCCGGUUUGGCCCGAAGCCGGUAUCAACCUGGGCCGGUUCCGGGCCCAACAUCCUGGAAAAAGCCCGGCUUGAACCAGCCCGGUCCAUGCCUACUCGCAGGGGAGGUAGCCACGGGUGAUGGAACGAAUUGAGCUCGGUUGUGAGAUCUUUAUAUAUCCCCGAAGCUCAAAUAUUUUGGCUGGCAGGUUAUCGACGGAUCUUUACCCACUGUGGAUAACUUAAGAAAAAGAGGUGUGCAGGUGCAAGAAGGGUGCAAGGUCUAUGGCGGGGGGGAUGAAUCCUUGGAUCAUGCAGUUCAUUAUUGUGAUCGGGUUAAGGAAGUUUGGCGGUAGGCGCGUGUCAACCUGGGGCGGUCGUCGGAUUCACCGAGCACGUGGAUAUGGAGCAGCUGGGGGGUGGCAGACAAAGAAGCCCGUUCCAGGUUUAUCUCCAUCUUAUGGAGUAUUUGGAAGAGAAGGAAUGGGUGUGUUUGGAAGGAUAAAUGGCAAGGCACAACGGGCUCAUUAAUGUGGCGGCCAGUGUGGUGGCGAGCUGAAGGAAUGCGUAGAACAGGGGCAAAUCAUGGCCAGGGAGGAGUAAUAUUACUUUGCUGGCGGCUUGGCAAAGAUCGGAGGAUGGCUAUAUAAAAAAAAUGUUGACGGAGCAAUCGGACAAGGAAGUAACACCCGAGCUUGGGGAUGGGUAGCACAGAACAAUCACAAAGAUUUUAUCAAGGCGAGGGGGGUGUCCGAGUUAGCUAGUUGGACAGCGGCUGAAAUGGAAGCACAGGGAGUCUGAGAUGCUAUAUAUUGCGUGGCUGAGGAUGGAUCAACGUGGAAAUCGAGACAAAUGCACUCACCGUGGUUCAAGGAAUCGAAAAGGGGGAAGACUCUUCUUACUUUCACCUUAUUCUGGAUGAUAUUAGGAGUUUAUUGCAAACAAAGAGUAAUUUUAUUGUCUCUUUUUGUAAACGAUCUACGAAUCGUGUUGCUCACGCGUUGGCUAGAGCACACGUUGUUGUCUCAGAUCAGAUUUGUUAUUAUGAUUCUAUACCUGAGGUUAUUGUAACCCAUUGGCGAACGAUUUGGUGAAUUAAUAUAAGGGAAAAUGGAAACUAAUAAUCCAACCUUUUAGUGGUCUUUUUACAAUAGUCCCACCUUUUCAUUAUUCAUGAAUAAUCUAACCUUUGCACAUCAUCUUCAUUCACUGGUCUCUGACCGAUUUAUGACAUGUUAUUCCAAGUUGUUUUCUUAUCUUUGUAAAACAUUAUACAAUAAUUCCUACCUUAUGAUUACAUAAUGUAGAACCAGACCGGCCCGCUACUGUGCGAGCUCAGACCGGCCCGAUAUACCGAUUGGUUGCCCGGUUCGGGCCACCCAGCCCGGUGGGAUGGCGGUUCGAGCUCAGGCCCUUCAAAAGGUGAACCAGCCCGACCGGUUAGAGCCCGGGCCGGACCAAUUUUUUUUUUUUUUUUGAAUUUUUUUUAAAUUUUUGGGUUGGGCCGGGUAUUUUGGGUCAUUUGAGGUGGUUAGGGUUGGUUUGGGGGUGAGGGUGAGGGUUGGGGGUUAACUAGGAAAAGCCAAAAAAAAAUAGAACCAAGGCCCGACCCGGACCCGGGGGUUACCCGGGCCGGUUCUGGGCCUCCCCUUCAUGAACCGAGGCCCGGCCGGGCCCGAACCGGAACCGGUCCACCCCUAACAUAAUGUCUUACAAAGAUAAUAAAUCGGUCAUAAAUCGGUCAGGGACCAAUGAUUCAAUGAAUGAAGAUGGGGUGCAAAUAGGGAUGGACUCGAUUCGGGCCUUGAACCGGUCGGGCCUCGGUUCAAGGUAUGGGAGGCCCGGAACCAGCCCGGGUAACCCCCGGGUCCGGGCCGGGCCUCG